CCGGUUUAGCCCGAGAACUCUCACGCCACGCAAUGCAUGACACGGAGCACCGAUCUCCAUUCUCCGCUUCUCUUCUCCAAUCCUCCACUCGGGGAUUCCCAAAAAAAUCACUAAAACUCAGAGGGGCCUGCCGCGAAAAAGAUCACCCGCGCGGCCGCGCCGUCCCCAGAUCGCCGCGCCCCUUGGCCUGCUGCGGCCCUGCCACCGCUCCGUCCUCCGUGUGGACUGCAGCCGGCGACGGGUGCGAGACGGAGACACCAAGGAAGCUGGCGUCCCCUCCUUGCCACCGGGGUGAAAUGUGGGAGGUCCAAAAGUGCCGCCAUGGGUUGCCACGGCCGAGCUGAAUCGGCCUCUUCUUCUCCCCCCUCUUCCAUUCGUCGGCGACUCCUCCAGCCAGCAGAUACCAUUUGGCUCAAGACAGCUGAAGCUGGUUCACCUAGGAAUGCAGAAUCAUGUUGUAUUGCAAGAGGCAGUCAUCUAAGUUCAACAAGAUCAUUUCCUUUUCAUCUGAACCAGUUCUGCAGAGUCUUCAUGAGAUCUUGGGGCUCAAGUCAUAUUUGACUGUGGUGUGGUGACGCUGUCACCAGUAAACUGUAGUGCUUGUGAAUUUGUGCAGGUGUUUACAAUAGUUUACAUAAUGGAAGACAGAAGUGUUUUAAUGAAACGGUAUGAAAUUGGGAGACUCUUAGGGCAAGGGACCUUUGCAAAGGUAUAUUAUGCCCGUAAUCUUGCUACUGGUCAGACCGUUGCCAUAAAAAUGAUCGAUAAGGACAAGAUUUUGAAGACUGGUCUCAUGGACCAGAUAAAGAGGGAGAUAUCGAUAAUGAGGAUGGUAAGGCAUCCGAACGUUCUGCAGCUUUUCGAGGUAAUGGCUACCAAGAACAAGAUUUACUUCGUUCUGGAGUACGCCAAAGGCGGUGAGCUUUUCAACAAGAUAACGAAGGGGAAGCUUACCGAGGAGGCUGCAAGGAAGUAUUUUCAACAGUUGAUCAGUGCCGUUGACUAUUGCCAUAGCCGAGGUGUUUAUCAUCGUGACUUGAAGCCUGAGAACCUGCUGCUGGAUGAGAAUGAAACCCUCAAGGUCUCUGAUUUUGGUUUAAGUGCCUUAGCUGAGUCAAAGAGACAAGAUGGUCUACUCCACACUGCAUGUGGUACUCCAGCUUAUGUUGCUCCUGAAGUGCUCAGCAGGAAAGGCUACAGUGGUGCAAAGGCAGAUGUAUGGUCUUCCGGAGUAAUUUUGUUUGUGCUUGUGGCCAAUUAUCUUCCUUUCCAUGAUAAAAAUCUCAUAGAGAUGUAUAAGAAAAUUUCAAAAGCCGAGUACAGAUGUCCUCGUUAUUUUUCUGUGGCUUUGAAGGAGCUCCUUUAUGGAAUGCUUGAUCCAGAUCCCAAUAUCAGGAUGUCCACCUCAAGGAUAAAGAAAAGUCCUUGGUACAGAAAGCCCAUUGGGAUGGCAGCACUGAAAAAUGUAACUUCUGACAAGAACUUUGGCUUGACGGGUGAUAUUGAUUCCGAUAAAAAUCAAGGAUCAUUGAGCUUGACGAACUUGAAUGCAUUCGACAUCAUUUCCUUCUCUACAGGAUUUGAUCUAUCCGCCUUAUUUGAUGAGAAAUAUGGCCAAAGGGAGGCAAGAUUUACUUCCAAGGAGUCAGCAGCAGCUGUCUUUGCGACGCUGAACGAACUGGCCAGACGUUUGAAGCUUAAAUUUACAAAGAAAGACAAUGGUGUGUUGAAUUUGGCCACAACCAAGGAAGGAAGAAAGGGCAUGCUUGAGCUUGAUGCUGAGAUAUUUGAGAUUGCUCCUUCUUUCCUGUUAGUUGAGUUAAAGAAGACCAAUGGUGACACAAUGGAGUACCAGAAGUUGAUAAAAGAUGACAUUAGGCCAUCACUUAAGGAUAUUGUUUGGGCAUGGCAAGGUGAUCAGCAACAGACACGUAUACUUAGACAAGCAGAACAAGAGCAGCUGUCGCCACUUCCACCAAUUUCACCAAUUCCACCACAGCAGUCAUAGUAGGAGCUGCAAAUGCCUCUCAAAAAGCAAAAACAGAGUUUGCUGAGUCUUGGGCUCUUGGCUCUUGGCCGAUUAAUUGUCCUUUUUAGACUAGCAAUCUACUGUAAAACUCAUAAAGGUCCACAUUGUUUGUGGCAUACUGGCGUGCUGCCUUUCUGGCUCCCAUUUUUAUUCAUUUAUCAUUUUUCGCUGAAAAUGAAAAGCCUGUAUGUACUAAGGAUAUCUGGCAUUUUCAAUAUGAUCACUGCCAAAAAGAAUUCAAUUAACCAGUGCAAUAAUACAAUUGAUGCUUUUCAAA